UGACGUCAGUCUUGUGCGACCCGACUCCGUCGCGUUGACAGGUCAGAAGGGUAACAGUUGUCCAGAACUGAGUGGCUAUCCAAUGUUACGUCUUAGAUUGAGAAAGUAAUCUACGAAAGCAUCGGCUCCUGCUGAAGAGUGUCGCAGGACAUUGAUAGUCACCGGGAUGUCGUACUGCAGAGAAGAAGGCAAAGAUCGCAUCAUCUUCGUGACCAAAGAGGACCAUGAGGCCCCCAGCAACGCUGAGCUGAUCGCAGAUGACCCCAACGACCCGUACGAAGAGCAAGGCUUGAUCCUGCCAAAUGGAGAGGUCAACUGGAACUGCCCAUGUCUCGGGGGCAUGGCCAGUGGGCCCUGUGGUUCUCAGUUCAAGGAGGCGUUCUCCUGUUUCCACUACAGUAAGGAGGAGGUGAAGGGGUCCGAGUGCAUAGACAACUUCCGUGCCAUGCAGGAAUGCAUGCAGAGGUACCCCGAGCUCUACCCCCAAGAUGAAGAUAGUGAAAGCAGCCCCCCCCAGGGGCAGUCCGGCUCCACCCCUCCUACUGACUCUGAUCCUCCUGCCUCAACGACCCAGUCUGCUCCCUCUUCUGACAGCGAAGCACCUUCAGAAGGACAGAAUGCCAGCUAAGAAGAGCCCCAUCUACGGCUUCCCUGUUACCUCUGUCCGACGCCCGGUGGAGACCACUCUCCAGACAGGAGACAUCGGUGUGUGUGUGUGGUGCAAUUCAUCCAGACAUGUCGUCUGGUUCAGAAGAAGAAACGUAUGACCGGGAUUGAUGGAUAAUAAGUGAACCCUACAAUGUAACACCAAGACAAGUGGAGGAGUUUUAUCUUAGAUGGCUUCGUCUGUUCAUUUCUUAAAGGUCAUGCGGUUAUAAGUUUUACAUUGGAACAGCUACAGAAAAAAAUUAUCAAUGACAAUUUAUUUUGAUGUCUUUGUCAAUGCUUCAAUCAGUUGAUGAGUUUCUUGUCCAUUGUGUGUUAAUUAUCAAUGUGCUCCUGUUACCGUGUGACUGCUUUCCACUAGUUGUUUAAUAUGACGCUUGGCACAUCGUCCGAUGAGAUACUUGAGGAAUCUUUACUGUCGUCUGUCUUUUGCAUAAUAGUGUAUUUCUGAGCAGUUGAGUUCAUUGUUGACAUGCAUCACUGUAAAGUUUUAAUUCACUUUCCAUCUGAAGAGACCAAAGUAUAGUGAACCUUUUUAGGCAAAAAUAACUGUUGGGGAAAUUAUUGUCCAUGUCUGAAUUGGGAACCAUUCAUAUGAAGGUUAUUUAUCACUGAUGUGUAAACUGGGUGAAUUUGAGAUUUUGAAUUAGUGACGUGUGUCAUUUGGACAAGAAAUUACCAAUCAAUUUUCUGUGGAAUAUUCAGUGUCUCACUGGUAUCUUCCUGCACUUGUAGUCCAACCCCUUUGGCACAACAUUAUCCAACAACGUUGUGUCCUAUGUUCUUGCAACAGUGAUGGUCACCUAGAAAGCAUUGUGAAAUCAGCACGGCUCAGUAUAAAUGGAAGAUACAUUACAAGUUUAUUUUCCGGCAAUGUAUGGAUGAGACUCGGAAAGGGUAACGAUUUUAAUUACCUGCCAUGCACGCCUUAAUGGACAACACAGUUAUUUUAUAUGUAAUCCACAUUAAACUUAAAUUGACCAACA